ACCCGGGUCCAACUUCCGGCGUCCUUUCGGCAGGAGCCCGGGGCGCUGUGGACCCGCGGCCAGGACUCCGUGGACGGGGCGGCUGUGCUGACUUUACUGUUAGGGGGUCCUUUGCUGAGGACUGCAAGCGGAGCAGGGUGAGGAGCCGCUCUGGGACUGCCGACUACCGCUUGUCUGGAAUGAAGGAUGGCAGCACGCCGUGCAUUAAAAGCUGUUUUGGUGGAUCUCAAUGGCACACUUCACAUUGAAGAUGCAGCUGUGCCAGGCGCGCAGGAAGCUCUUAAAAGGUUACGUGGUACUUCUGUGAUGGUUAGGUUUGUGACCAACACAACCAAAGAGAGCAAGAAAGACCUGCUGGAGCGAUUGAAGAAGCUGGAAUUCGAUAUCUCUGAAGAUGAGAUAUUUACUUCCCUGACUGCAGCCAGGAAUUUAGUGGAGCAGAAACAGGUCCGGCCCAUGCUGCUCGUUGACGAUCGGGCAUUACCUGAUUUCAAAGGAAUACAAACAAGUGAUCCUAAUGCUGUGGUCAUAGGAUUGGCACCAGAACAUUUUCAUUAUCAAAUGCUGAAUCAAGCAUUCCGGUUGCUCUUGGAUGGGGCACCGCUGAUAGCGAUCCACAAAGCCCGGUAUUACAAGAGGAAAGAUGGCUUAGCCCUGGGGCCUGGCCCGUUCGUGACUGCUCUGGAGUAUGCCACAGACACCAAAGCCACCGUAGUGGGGAAACCAGAGAAAACAUUCUUUUUGGAAGCCCUGCGAGGCACUGGCUGUGACCCCGAGGAGGCCGUCAUGAUAGGAGACGAUUGCCGGGAUGACGUUGGCGGGGCUCAGAAUGUGGGCAUGCUGGGCAUCUUAGUAAAAACUGGUAAAUACCGAGCAACAGAUGAAGAAAAAAUUAACCCACCUCCUUACUUAACUUGUGAGAGUUUCCCUCAUGCUGUGGACCACAUUCUGCAGCAUCUGCUGUGAACCAUUAUGUGAACCAGAAGCAACCUGAAACGCAGCUUUUCAUCGUCUGGAAUGAAUCCCUCCCCAACUCGGUGGCAGCACAGGCAGACACACCCCUCAGCGCAGAGGGGGUGCGGCCCUCUCUUAUUGUGCGUUAAUUAGAAAGAAAGGUAUUGAAUUGCAGCCAGCCACUAGGCCUUGCUUAUCCCUCUUGUUUUAUUUUGUAAAAGAAGAUGAGACCCAGAGAAAGGGGAAGCUGAGAUUUUAUGCCAUUCUUUUUAAAAUAUUCAUCAGAUUAGCAGGGCUGGGAGGGAGAACCUACUGCAGGCAGUCCUGUUCUCCACUGUCUCCUGGCCUGUGAACUGGGAGGGCGGGUUCAGGUUGGGAAUAAAGCGGACCGGUGCGUUAGGUGGUAGUUUAAUACUGAGUUCAGCUGUGAAACCUGUCAGAAGCGCCACGUAGAGUAUGUGUCAGAAGAAGCAAAAUAAAUUGUCCUUUAGCCCAAGCGAGUGAGUGAGUUUGCUGUAACGGAUGUUGAGAACUAGAUUAUGUGCUGUGCUAUUCCCAGCACGGAUGACUUCUUUUUCUCUUCAUUAGCCAGAGAUGACUAAUUUAAAUUUAGAACCUGAUUUUAAUUUAAAAUAAUAUUUCCAUUAAUAACCUAUUCAUUGCAGAUACCUAUUAUACUGUGUAACAGUUGUUUUGGAAAUUUUAUGUAAAAUUAAAACUAUCAGUAUUUUACAGAUGUUUUAAUUAGACAUUGUUAUUAACAGGAACAGUGCAGAAACUAAAAUCAAGCCUUUAAUGUCUUACAGACCAUGCAUUUUUGAAGUUAGUGUCCACCAGGGUCCUAUUAACUGUACAUUUGCAAGAUUUCAUUAUUUUUGCCUAUGACACUAUGGGAAAAAUCUUUUAGAAGCUAUUGGGACAGAUUCAGGCUUUUAUGUACUUGGUUACUACAGCUGUAAAAUGAAAUCUCGUCUGGUUGCAUGGAUUAUUCUUAUGUUAAACCCACCAAAAUGAAGGGGACUAAGUAGGUAAUGAUUUUCCUAGUGCAUUUGCAUACUGUGAUAAUCCUGGGCCUUUGCAAUUGUUUUACAGGACUCUUGGGCAUUGAAUUAUUAGCAUGUAAUUGUACAUCAUUGUAGUGUUCACCUUAUUGAAGCACACACUGAUGUUAAUGAGCUUCGGGUUUUGAUGCUUGUUUAGAGAUCAGCUCGGCCUUAGGUGGGGGGAGCAAAGCUGAGUAAAUGGCAGCUCCUCUCCUUUUGGUGGUUUGGCAAGCACUCUGUUCUUGUUUGUGCCAAUGCUCCAACUCGGUCCUUAAACGUCCUCGAGUGGAAAAGAUAGAUGUGACAGGGCCACCACCCCAGAUCAGAAGGCGAGUGGAGUGGCAGAGAGCAUAGAUUUGGGAGCCUGAGCAGCAAGCACAUGGCUAACUCUGUGACCCUGGGCAAGCUAGUCUCUCAUGCUCCCUUUCCCUUAUCUGUAAAGUAGAGAUAAUGAUCGUGCCCACUACCUCGGCUCGUUGUGGGGGCUGAAUGCAUGAUUCGCAUACUGAGUACUUAGAACAGAAUCAAGCAAAUGCUAGUUAUUAGUCAUGGGGGAGAGGUAGCAGGCGUGUCCACAUUUAACAAUCCGGAAAGAGUUGGUAGAAAUCACCUCUGUAGUUUGUUCAAUGGGGAAAGUCUUCCUGAGAGUUUUAAAAGAGAGAGAAAGAGGGAUUCUAGUGCAUUGAGACUCCCUCAGAGCAAAGCCGAAGCCACGCACAGAGAAGAGCUCAGCGUGCAGGUAGAGAGUGCUGCGUGGUGCCUGGUGGGUAGGCCACGUUCAACUUUGGCCUGUUAGCUGGGCUCCUGGGUCAGUGAUUCUUUCUUUGCUAGUGGCUCUGUGCUACGUGCCAGGCUAGGAAACAAGCAUGCAGGAAAGGGAUUGAGCCUUUAGGAGCCUUACUGCUUGAGGAGCCGAGGAGAGCACACAAGACUUGAUGAAGCUGAACACUCCAUCCCUCCUCCUCGAUGCCGCCCUGGCUGCAAGGUGGAAGGAGGAGGUGUUCACUCCCUCAAGCCCGUGCAGCACUCGUUAGAUCACAUGUGGGGCUUCACACGUCUCCUUUCCCCACCAGGCAGGGCUGUUGUCUCGUUUUUAAAAAUACCUGCUACAACACAGAUAGUUACUGAACCAACUCAGAUGGUUACUGGACCAAUAAAAAACUAGCUGUAAAUAUUAUAGGAAUUUAAUGCUAGAAGGUAUAGCUGGGGGGGGGGGGGAAUAAGAUUCAUUUUAGACUUGUUGCCAUGGGGAAGCCCCCUUAGACACUUGGAAAUAAUGGAUCUGAUGUUGUGGAGACAGGUUAGCGCUGAAGCAAAGAAGUAGGCGUCACCGAUGGUCAGGAAUUAAACAGAGUGACAGGAAUGGGUGAGAUCACUUGAGCGUAACAUCCAGCCAAGAAAAAUGGCUUCUCUGCUCUCCUCCAUUCUGGUUUGGCCCUGUGGGCCAUUAAAAUCUCAGUUUGAUAUUUUAUUGAUUUAGCAAACAUUAUAUAGGGCUUGCUGACCACCUGUCCACAGUAAGGUUCAUGAGGAUAAAUAAAAAUCUUGGUUUAGAUCCAGGUUAAUAUAAACGUACCCGGCUCAGCUGGGUGGUCUUACCUUGGGCCUCAUGAAGGAGAUUUUAAAUCUAAACUAUCUAAAGGAUUUUAUUUUCCAUCCCUGCCAUUUAAAGGGCUACCUAGUGGUACUAACCUCAAGGACAGUGUUUGCAUCAAGUUUACUGUAAUACUGCCCUGGGCCGAGAAAAGGGACCAAGUCACAGCUUAGGACUAGAAAGGGUGUUUGAGAAUACCCGUCGUCAGGAGAUGUUACUGAGUAUCUGCCGCGAGCUAGGUGCUGGCUAGGUGCAGAGGAGGACGGAGCGCCGGACCAGCAGAGGGGACUCGUGGUGGUUGUGCCCACUGCCUUCAGGCCUCCACAGUCAGCUGGCUGUGCAGUAGCUCUGGCUACCUGCCUACCAUCCUACAUCUGUCAGAGCUGAUUGUAACGUCUAGGGAAAGAAGGGGAGCUCCCCCUAAGUGACAGCUCCAUCAAAUACCUGUGCAGUGAUGGGCUGUCAGAAAUUCCCUUGGGACCUGUCCCUUCAUUUCACACUUAACUAUCACAGUAGUGUGUUGGACAGGUAAGUCAAAAACAGGGCUGUGUUUAAUUGGCUUUGGAGGAGUCUUUGUUCCUGUCUCAUGAACUGGGAAAUUUGGGGUAUCUAUAAUGGACAAUUUUAAAAAUCGCACUAAUCUGUUUCACUGGAAACUGCCUCAAGCAGUGGAAUCCCUUUUUCAUAUGCAGUUGUUUGCACAGAGCCGUUUUGCAUUGUUGGGUUUCUGUGGCAUAAAUCACAGAAGUCUUUUUCAGCAUAAAUGCAUGGGCCUUUGCUGACUCCGUAGAACGCCAGCCGUCAAGGGCUGCUACCCCAAAGCAUGCUGCUGUCUUUAAGAGGCAGGCAGAGCAAGGUGCCCGAGCCCUGGAAAGUAUCAUAAUUUAAACUGCGUAUCUGUUAAAACCAAACGAUUUUGAGUACCUUACUUUUUUCAGUGCUCACCUUCACAUCAUACACAGCACCUGUCUGCUUCACUGGCUGAUGUGUCUGAGAAGAUCAAACCAUUAGUUGCCCACUGUGGGUAAAUCGCUGCAGAAGAGAGAGCAGAGUGUAGCUCCAGGUCCUUAGAGGCAUAUCUUCUAGCUGGUAAACUGAUGCAUAUAAAAAUAAAUCUAAUGGGCCACAGGGCACUGACAAGUUCCAGACGGUUGUGUAAGUCCUCUCAGAGAAGAGGUCAUGUGCAAUGAGCUAAGUAAGCACUUUGGCCUGUGCCAUUUUAAAGAAUGUUUCAUUCAUUUAAUAGCAGUGAAGAAAGUAUCACAACCAUGGUGUUAACAUGUGAGUAGGGCAUACAGAUGAAACAUACAACUUAGUACAACAGAGAUACUGAUAAGUGAUGAAGAGGAGGAAAGCCUGUAAGAGUGAGGGGUUAUUUCAGAUGAGAUGAAGUGUGGGAACAAGCCAGAAUUGUAGAGGCAGAUAGUUAAUCUUAUUGCCAAGAUCUGACUCGGGUAUCUCGAGUGCAGAUCAGUUACUGGUUUUCCUGGGAAGAGAGGAAGAUCUGGCAGUGUUAGGUCCAGAUUCCCACAUUCAGCUGGGGCCCAGUCACUGCUGUGUCAUUCCAGUAGUUUUGGCUCUCCCCCUUCCCCCAGUCCCCACCUCUUCCUUGUCUGACACCCAGCUGACUUCACUCAGGUGUUACUGUGUUCCAGGGUCCUAAAGGAAUCUGAGUUGUGAGCUCUGCUUUAGAAGAAAGUACCACAUGUUGGGUUAGGUUAAAUUUUCCUCCAGUAACUAACAGGCCAGUGUCCUAUAGCCCUAUAAACUUAGAUAGGCUUUUAAUCUUCUUAAAGAAAAAACAUACAGACUCUAUAAACAGUAGAUUCAUCAUGUAUGUUCUCUCUUUCUCAAAGCCCCACUAAAAUAAGGAAAGGAAUAAAGAAAGUAUAAAUCCACAAGGACAGGCCACAAGAGAAUGGUAGAGGAGACACAUGAGGGAGAGGGCACAUAAGUUUGGAAGGUGGUGAGUGGAUAAAGUGUUGCUCACUAAAACCAGUGCAAAGAAAAGAAGCAAAAUUCAUCCUGAAGAGCCACCUCAGAGACUCAAGGUUGGGAGAUACGAGGUGGAGAGGAAGCCAAGGAGGAGGCAGGGCUGACAAGCAAGGAAACAGUACCAGCAAACAAGAUGGGUGGAGCCCCAGACUCUCCCACCCUGAGCAGCCAGAUGAGCACAGGCAGCCCAGACAGGAGAAUGGAGGUUUAUUUUCUGAUCAAGUAAAACCAUGAUAGUUAAGGGCUUGGGGACAGUGGGCAUGGUGGUGGAUGCAGGGCUGACCAUGGGAAUUGGGUACACGUCUGCUUAUACCACGUGGUCCUCAGUUCCCUUCCCCUUAAAAGGCCAGCACCAGAGAGCAUGGAGAUGGAACUGAAAAUGUAUCUGAUAUGUCGCCAUUUGGAAAACAAUACUGAUGGCGAGCUGACAGAUCUGAUGAUGUGUUGGAGAAGAAAAAAAGGGUACUCAGAAAACUAAGCAAAU